UGAUCAGUGUGUUCGCGAACUGAGGUAGAGUAUAGGCUACACGACCUUCCUCUUGAGGCAGUUUUGUGUCGUCAUUUGAGGUCAUUUACCAGCGUUAUUCUUAUGUCGGCUUCUGAAAUAGUGAAGAAGGGAAGUUGACCUUCCUUGAGGAUUAGUGGACUAUUUGAUGUAAUAAGAGAGAAACUGAGUGAUAAACAAGAGCCCAGAAGUGCUGAGAAGAAUUUGAAGAUGAGGAUUACGCUGGCGGUUAUAGUGGUGGUGGUGAUGGGCGUAUGUGGGUGUGAGGGGGAGGUAGCCAAGAGGUACACAUGGGGGGACGCCCUCAUAGACCCACUAGCCCUGGGUCCCGACGGUAACCCCUACCCCAGCGCCCUGGUGAACCGACUUUUCUCAGAGGGAGAGUUUGGACCACCUAGGAAUGCCCGACGUGGCCGUACACUGCACGCCACCCUCGACCCCGCCACUACCAGGGACAACCUCCUCACCAAGUACCGCCGAGCCAACACACAACAGCUACCCGAGGGUCGGAGUAUGUCGUUAUCACCAGUAGAAGAGAACCUGGUAAACAUGGCCGCCUCUUUCAAGUCCUCUGUUUCCUCCACAACCACCACCACUUCUUCUUCUUCUUCUUCAUCGUCGUGUCCUCCAGGUCCUCCUGCUAGGCUGUGUCAGACGCGAUUCAACACGACAGCGCCCAUGUACGGCCUCAGCCUCACAUCAGGGCAGCCCGUGACCAUCGUGCAGAAGUUCCCUGACCUCCUGCAGCAGGUCAUAUUCGAAGUGUGCGAGAGCGAGACGUGCGAAAUUAUACAGGGGAAGUGCGUGCAGACGUACGUCCCGUACUUGUUCCUGGUGAUCCCGCUGGGUCCUGUCACUCUCACCGGUCAGGACUACGUGCUGGUAGAGUCUGGGUGUACUUGUCAACCUAAGUACAGUCAGGCCUCUUCCAUCCCCUCCCCGCUAGACGCCAUCCCGGGCUUGGAGUGAUGUAGACCAUUACAACAUUUAUCUCGUGUACUGUCUCAGUAAAAGUAUCAAAUUCUACAAGGCUGCAUACGUGGGGUUUUCCUUCCGAUACCAGAUUUAUAUGAUCUCAACAGAAUAUGACCAUGUUCGGGCACAGCCAUCAGACUGACAAUGAUGUUCAGAUGAUCGCAGUGACUUCAUGUUCUAAAUGUCUGCACAUGUAGAAUCACCAUUGAGUUAUGUGAGUACUCAUUCCUGUCUAAAAUAUGAAUGCAUGUAAGCUAUUUGUGAUGAGCAGUUGAUCUUUAGACUGUAAUUAUCCGAACCACUGAUAGUCAUGAGUGAUAGUUUGGUCUUGAACAAAGAGGACAGUUAAACAAAUUAGCUAAUGAAGACAAUGUGGCGUUAAGAUGAACUUGACAGAAUAAUUUCGAAAGGGGCUUAAUGUGUAUAUUAUCUCAAAUUAUUAAAUCAAAACAAGCACUCUGGCAUACAGUGUACAGCCAGAUAUAAAAUUAAUAUCCAUUUACUUUCUCCAGUGACAUGAAUUAGCAUCAUAAUUUGCCUACGUUUAAGACGUAUCUGUAUAGUCAUAAAGGAAUACUGAAUGUUGACAAAAUAAUUGCUUGAAUAUUUUUUUAAUAAAGGAUCAAAACAGGAUAGUGGAAAUAUGGUUCUCAUGGGAUAACAAUAAUAUGAACUCACUAUUUUGGUAAUCAUUUGUAGAUGAAGGUUGACAUGAGCCAUCACUUCACUGUCAUCUGGUCACUGUCCAUAUCCUGUGCUAGACUCAGUAUUAAAAUGUUGAUGAGACGGCUUCACGUAUCAGCAUUAUCCAUUUUUUUUAUGACGGAAAUACAGGUCAUCGUUGUAUAUCUCGCACUGACGUCUAUGGGUCUUGACUGAGAAUUAGUAUUCCUUGUUAAUUUUUGCUUUUCAUAUGACUUAUAACUAAAGAAGACAUAAUUUUAUUAUUUGUUAAUUACUUCUUUACUAAUAAGAAGUAAUGUUUUACCAAUAUAUUAUGCCUAUUGUCCUUUAGCUCAUGUAUAUUAACUAAUCCAGCAUCAGUCAUCAGAGAAUCUUGAUAAUUGUAAUGGUGUCAUUUAGUCCAGUUCUUAUAAUUAGUUUUAUGAGGAUGUCGGUGCAGGUACAGCAGUCUCAACCACUCACGGUAUAUGGGAAGGAAACUCAGGUCGCCACACUCAGCGCUCGGUUGUUACACCCAAAAAGUCAAUAGUUAAUAUGUGGAUACAAUUUUAGAGUACAGUGCAAUAAUGGAAGCAAAUCCUUGUAUCGUUAUGAUGUUAAAUGUCUUUUUUGUUGUCAUAUUUAUAGUGCAGUAAAUAUUCAACAAUGUAAUUAUUCCAGUCGUUACACCACCAAGCUGCUGAACUGUACUAAAUUUUCAUACACAUCAAGUUUCUUUACUUGGGUCAUAAAUCCAGUCUUGAUAAUUUAUAGAAUCCAGAUGAAGCAUAAAGCCUUUUGCGGUGUUCUUUGGUCUUGUGGCUACAACCUUCAGUGCUUGUUUAUGUUUUGCUUUAUUGUUACAUAAGUCCUGCCUCUCUACCAUCACAUUAUAAACUGUAAAGUAUGGAUUGGGUCUAGACUUGAAUUCUUCCCCACACAUAACACACAAAAUAAAAGAAACACCCCCUUUUACCUUUAGUCAGGGAGGCGGGUUAAUUUUGUAUUACUUCAUGCAGGCUAACCUACCACGGCAUGUGAGACGGACACAAUUGGCCUCAUUCAAAUGGCAUGUGUAGUCUGAUGCCGAUGUACAGUAAUGAUGAGCAAGAGAGUUAUGGCACUUGGCAGGAAAUAAUUUUUUUUAGCAUAUUUGUUACAUUUUUCUCAGUUUUUAAUUGUUAUUUAAAAUGUGUUUACUAGUUUACUGUGAUGCCAUUAGCCAAUAAUUAGCCGCUUUUGUUAUUUAACUUGUUAUAUUUAUUGUUAUUCUGGGGGGGGGGGGGUUGUUAUCACGAAAGGACGUUAAUGUGAAUUUUACAUAUGUUGGUGAAGAUAAAGGAGGUGUGCUGGGUGGAUGAUAUACAAUGUCCAGUUUCUACUGUUUUAGUUAUGUUAACUAUACUGUAUAUAACCUACAGAAUCUAGUUCUCAUGUUCUGAUAAUGUUGUACAACUACUUAUGUCAAGAUACUGUUGCCAAAGUCGAUGAGAUUCACAUAUUGUCCAUGUUAGCUCAGUUUCAUGACACGAGUGUGUGUUUCCUUUACUUUUACCUCUGCUGCCACCACCAGGAGGCUUUUUUUAGUCCGUCCAUGCAUCCAUCCGUCCGGCGGAAGUUUUUCACCUUGGCUGUGGUAUACAGUAUACUAUAUGUAGUGUAGCUGUUUUACAAAAAAAAGUCCCUAUUGAUUAUGAUAUACAGAAGUUAUUGGGAUGCGCUGGAAAAGUAAGUGUUCCAUAUUGUUUCAUGUACACUUGUACAGUAUGUGUAACUACUUGGUGAGUAAUAUACUUAACAGGUUCAGAUGAGCCUUGAGCACUGGUGUUGUCAAAGACAUACAUAAAAGACAGUGAUUGGCUGUAGUACCUUAUUAUAGUGAAUUACUAGCUAUUAUUUAUUCUCCAUAAACAGAUUGUCCACUACUUUCAUCAUAGUAUGUUUUGUUCUGCUGUGAUCUUCCUAAGGUUUUAUGUUAAUGCUAUUUAUUAUCUAUUUAUUUCUCUUGUUUAAUUAUGUUAUCUCUGACAUGUUGAUGUGAUUGUUGCAUAUAAUUAAUAAAGAUUUUUAAAGUCA